CCCCUCCCUCCUCCCUUCCCGGCCCCGCCGCCCCCUCGCCCCGGUGCGGCAGGGCCGACCAGGAGACCCAGACACGCAGGCAGCAACCGAGCCGCCGCCGCUCUGCGCCCGGCCGCCCCGCAGCAUCCCCCCGAUGGCCGGCCGCCUGACCUGCUGCCUCCUGCUGUGGGCCCUGGGCCAUGGGGGCUGCCGCUCGCCUGCGGGGGAGGGCGCCGGCAGCCAGCCCGCCUGCCCCGUCCAGCCGCCGGCCGCCCGCGACUCGUCCUCCCCCGGCCGCGACCCCCGAGGGGGCUCUUCGCCGCCCCCUGCGCUGGGCAGCAUCGCUCAGGACAUGGUAGCUGUCCACAUGCUAAAGCUCUACGAGAAGUACAACCGGGAAGGGAGCCGGCCCGGCGACGGCAACACGGUCCGCAGCUUCAAAGCCAGGCCGGAAUUCUUGGCCCAGAAGCCCUGGUACUGCUUCAAUCUGACAUCCAUGCAGGAUUCAGAGAUGAUCCUUGCUGCCACUUUUCACUUCUAUGCUGACAAACGACCUCGGCACCGGGAAGUGUUUUGUAAGCGGUCCAAGAACUCAUCCUGCCGCCUCCUUCACCUGCCUCCAAUCCUGCGGCUUAACCUCAUUUUCCAAAGCAUUCACCAGAAUUCUGCCUAUGGACUAGUGAAAGGGAACAUCACCGUGUUUCUUCAAAGGCGAGGGGCUUGGCAUGCAAAGGACAUUUCACACAUCAUAAAAGAAUCAAAACAGACUGGAGAACUCAUUCUCUGUGCUGAGCUUGAUUCUGGGGAGAAACACCAGGGCUUCCCUGAACAGGUUGCCAGUCAUUUACCUUAUAUACUAGUUUAUGCCAAUGAUCUUGCAAUCUCUGAACCUAACAGUGUGGCAGUCACCCUACAGCGUUAUGAUCCAUUCCCUUCCAAUGAUGGUGACGCAAAUCUAUCCCCUAAUGCUUCUACUGAUACCCGAGUGAGGAGGGAUACAUACCUCUCUAGCUCUAUUCAGAACAAUGAGUUGCCAGAAGUCGUUUAUAACAACAAUAAAUACAACAAACAUGACAUAUGGGAGAAUGCCUACAAGUCCUUGAAACCAAAAGCCUCACGCAAAGACCGAAGGAGGAAAGGGCAAGACAAUACAGAAACACUUACAAAGUCUCAGGUGCUAAAUUUCGAUGAGAAAACAAUGAAGAAAGCAAGGCGAAAACAAUGGAAUGAGCCAAGGAUUUGUUCAAGAAGAUACAUGAAAGUUGACUUUGCUGAUAUUGGCUGGAAUGAAUGGAUCAUAUCUCCCAAAUCAUUUGAUGCCUACUACUGUGCAGGAGCAUGUGAAUUUCCAAUGCCCAAGAUCGUCCGGCCAUCAAACCAUGCUACAAUCCAGAGCAUUGUAAAAGCAGUAGGAAUUAUUCCUGGCAUCCCAGAACCCUGCUGUGUUCCGGACAAAAUGAGCUCACUCAGUGUCCUGUUCUUAGAUGAGAACAAAAACGUUGUUUUAAAGGUAUAUCCCAGUAUGUCGGUUGAAACUUGCGCCUGCCGAUAAGUUGUUACAAACACAUCUUUAACGAGACCCACGCAUCCUGCCCGACUACGCUGGGAAAGUUGUAAAUGGGAAAUGAAUCCACUUGUGUUGAUGAAUGAAUGCAAGCCUACAAUUCCUCUACAGAAAGCAUGCGGAGAGACUAAAACGAUACACAUGCUCACCUGGAAGGAUAUGUCUUACUGUCAUCAUUUGUCUUUCAUAUUCAUCUUCCAGGAAUUCAAUACUUUUACAAAUAUCUUCCUAACCCACCUAGCCAAGACACCUGGUGUUUAGUGAGAAAUUUAAGUGUAAAGUUUUCCAUAAUCAAAGGACUAAAAUAUGUUUUUAUAUGGUAUUUUUCUGACUAUUUUAUUUCUCAGUUAACCAAGAAGAUGGGAAGUGAACUUGCAAAGGCAGCCUUAUUUUAGAAUAUCACUUUUGUACACAAAUCAAAACAUUUUGCCUAAAACACUCAUACUCUUAAUCUGCAUAUUUAUACUGGAAAAUGCUGUAAUAAAGGGCUUAAAAUGUAUAUUUUUUCCAGGAUGCAAGUAUAGUGCACUGCAUAAGCUUUCAUAUAAACAGUAUAUUAAUAUAGCCAUUCUUGGUUACCCUUCCCUAAUAUAUAAUUCGUUCUACAAAAGGCAUACAUAAUAUCCCACGCUUUUGGUUUGCUGGAUAAUUUCAGGUUGUUAAACAUAUUCUCUGAGUAACACAUACUAUAUAAUAAUAUGUUGAAAUACUAAAAAUAAAAUAACCAAGAUUUAUAUUUUUGUAAAUUAUACUUUAUA